AUGUCUGCGUCGUACUUGAACCUUGACACAAAGAUGCGCGCCAUUGUCAACAAUUGCCGCUCUGUCAAUAGACUCCACCCGGUUGUAUCUGAGUUGUGCGGGUCCUCUGAAUUCAAGCAGUUCUUUUUGAGUAGCUUGAACCAAGACCUACAUGUGAUUUGCCAGCGCUCCCAAGUACUUGCCCAUGGUGAAAUCACGGUUAUCCAAAAAGCCUUCGGUGUCCUCAUGGAGAAGAAAGAAGAUCUCAUCCCUGCAGUCGAACUCUACGUGGAUGAGAUCCUAGGUCUCAAGUUCGUGUCAGAAUCCGACAGAGCUACAACUUUGGACACAAUGAUUCAGACAAGGCACUCUAUCCUGAGCCGUAUGUUCAUAGGCCCCACCUGGUUGACCAAAGCCUACGGCAGCAAGCCUAAUCAGUUACCUAAAGCAGGAAGUUGCGCUCUGCCAUCAUGUAGCCAUUCAGCAUUGAGUGACGACAAGCCAGUCAAUGAGGCAUGGUUCAUCUCCGACGGUAGCGAAGAGUCCCGAAUCUCUGAAAUGCCUCAUAUCGCUGGCGAGCAAGACGAGAACUAUGGGGACGAGAAGCUCAAAAGGCUGUUCAUCGUGUACCAUAAAGCAAGGAAAGAUUACGAUGCCACGCCAGCGAAGACCCUAGAGCGCACAAAGUCAGCCAAAUUCUUGCGCGACACAACGGAAAAUUGCCUCGCAUACAUCGCGGCGAAGCAGACCCGACCCGGAGGAAAGAUGCUGGAUGAGUUGAGAGCUACCCUUGAGGAGACUAUAGCAAUAGCAGAGCAAGGGUCUGGAGGCAAGAAGCGCCGUUUCGAUGAGAAUUGGGAGAAUGUUCCCCAAGAGCCUGCUAAGAUGCGAGGUCCCCGUCCACCUGUGGCUCCGCCAUUGGGCAAUUCCGACCCUGUCCCCAGAGGCCGAGCUUCAGAUACAAAGCCGAGACCUAUCACUUCUCGUAUUCAGGAACAUCAGGUAUCACGAAAACCCGACUACCGCCAGCAAAAUACGAACCUGGCCGAGCGUAGACGCUCAGAUCUACCUCAUCAGCUCUAUCCUGCCUCUGCUGGCCAGUCUUCUCACAAGGCUGGCGCGGGUCACGGGCUCCUGCAGAGCUUCCUCUCUCCUGCAGAGCAGGCCUUGCUGCAGUCCUUAGCUCACAAUCUUGGUGACAGGAAUAGGAAUAUCCGGGACAAUGCCUCUGCCAUAUCCUCAAUUCACCCAUCGACAGUCUGCCGCGCCGUAUCGACAGCUAUCGUCUCCAUAUACCUUGCGAAUUUUCAACAAAAAAUCUUGGAGGUGGAACAAGAAAUACUGAGAGAAGAUGCACGCAUCGUCGGUGCCCACAAUAUUGUACCACUGUCCGCCAUUGUUGGGGCAUUCGAUGGAUGGAGUCGAAAGCUUGAAUGGCUCUGGAAGCUCGUACAAUACAUCCAGGCACCUGCGCCAGGAGAAGCACAGCAUACGCGAUCGAAGCAUGAAAGCCGCACGGCGGCUGAGCUCAUUGGCCAUCUCAGAGAAUCUACACACACCGGAUACCCUGACAUCGAGGCGAUCUCUCUUGAUCUAGUGAGAGUGGCAGAGACUGCGUGGCUCAAGCAAACUUCUGCAUGGGUUCUCUACGGUCGACAUCCAGCCUACGGGGCUGGGGACUUCUUCAUUACUCGUCAUGCAGCUAGCAUGAGCCAGACUGAAUUACCAUGGGAGUAUUGCGUUCAAGACAGCCUGGUCCCUUGCUUCGUCACUCCACACACAGCGCACUCAAUCCUCUUCAUCGGCAGGUCUCUGAAUCAUAUUCGAGAACGACAGUCAUCCUUCUCAGAUGGCUCCUCUAAGGCGGCUGCUCCAGAGCUCGCGCUGCUUUCCAACCACCUCGCGCAUCUCUCGUCACUGGAAUUUCCCCUCAGUUCUUCCAGCUUUUCGACCGCCAUUGGAGCAAUUCGGCUUUCACUGUCCCAAAACGCACUGCAAAAAUUACUACCAUUGACUAAGGUUUUGGAGAUGCUACAAAUACUGAAAGAAUUCUUCCUUCUUGAACGGGGGGAAUUCGCCGUGGCCCUCCUCACUGCCGCCGACGAGCGUCUUACAUCUAGAAAUCAAGCCGUAAGAUCUAAGCAGAACCUAGUCAAUGAGCUGGCCAGCAUGACCAUCAAGGAGGGAGAAGUAUCUGCUGUGCUGGCUCGAACUUGGACCGCUUUAGCGUCGUACCAGAGUCUUGACGACGAAGACGUGGAUGAGGAGCUUGAUCAGGCUCGGGAACUCAUCCGCCUGUCUAUCAGAACAGUGGAUGCAGACCAUACUUCUAAGCCUUCGUUGGCUUCUUUCAAUGAUCUUUUGCUGCCUGCACCAACAAUACUAACCCUUCGUGUGCCGUCUCCAUUAGACCUUUUCCUAUCUGCAUCUGAUGUCGAUACUUAUUCUCACAUUCAUGCCUAUCUCUUAUCGAUCCGAAGAGCCCAUCUUCGCCUCAGUAAGCUAUUCUUGCUGUCGGUCCUUCGGAGAGACCAUCCAUGUCCGAAGGCGCCAGAAUCUCUGGAACACCACCAUGCUUUUGACGUAAUGGCCCGGAUGAGAACCCGAGCAGGUUACCGUGGGAGGAUUCUGCGCCCUAUCUGGGCCACAAUUGCCUCCGCAGCCCUUUUCCUUGCAGAACUCGGAGAAUUCUUUCAAGGAGAAGUUGUGAGGAGUUCUUGGUCAACAUUCCAUCGAUGGCUGAUGCCAACUUUGCCUUACGACCUGCGAUCUGUAAAUGACAGUUUCAUGUUCUCAAUUGGCACGAGUGGACGGUCCCGUAGCCCGAGGCCAACUUCCUCACAACCGGGUCCAGAACCAGCAGCGAGGUCCUUCCAGGAUCCCGAGACUCUGACGCAAGCACACAAACGCUAUCUAGCAUCCCUUGAGAAGGCACUCCUACUCCAUGACCCAACCUUUACCACGGCGUUGCGUAGAUUCAUGACAUCCAUAGAUCAUAUGUCGGCCUUGAUGCAGCGUCUCGAUACCAUCCAACGGAACUUGGACUCAGACACGCAGAACGAAGUCUCGAUUGCGACGAACUACUUCGCCGCGGAAGAAGAGAGACUAGUGCUUGACUUGAAGGCUUCUCGUGCUAAGGUCGCUAGCGGCGUACAGGCUUUGAUAGAGGCGUUGCGGGCCAUCGAUGUCGCAAGAAGUGCCGAACGGAACUACCGUGGCGACCAGGGGCUUAUGCAACAUGAUGGAUUUGUCCCAUGGACUGGCGGCGACGUUGAUCGCUUGCUUUUGAAAUUGGAUUACGGCAACGUGCAAAACCUGGCAUGA